AGGCUGUAAACUACGACUCCCACAAUCCUCUGCUGCCUCUCCAUUCGACACUAGCAACGUCAGCUAACAUGAGCCCCGUCCCUCAGCCGCAGAUGAGCCCAAAACAGAGUGUUUACCGGUAAAACAUGGAGGUGACAGCUGCACGCCGGUCGUUUCUCUGUGAUAUCGGUUUCUGGGCAGAUCGGACUGCCCUGCAUGAAGCAGCGUCCCACGGCAGGGCCCUGCAGCUCAAACAGCUGAUAGAAAGUGGAGUAUCGGUCAACAUGGUGACGGUGGACAACAUCACUCCACUCCAUGAAGCCUGCAUUCAGGCUCACCCUAACUGCGCCCGCCUGCUGCUGGAGGCUGGAGCCCAGGUGGAUGUACGGACCAUCCAUGGUAGCACUCCUCUGUGUAACGCCUGUGCUUCUGGCAGCCUGGAGUGCGCCAAGAUGCUUUUGGACUACGGAGCCAAGGUGAACCCGUCCCUUACAGCUCUCACUGCCUCGCCGCUCCAUGAGGCCUGCAUACAAGGUAACGUUGAAGUAGUAAAGCUGAUGAUAUCCAGUGGUGCCCAGCUGGAGGCGUUUGACGUCCACUUUGGUCCACCCCUUCACAUCGCAUGUGCUAAAGGACACAUGGGCUGUGUCAAGGAGAUGCUUAAGGCAGGUGCCAAUGUGAAUUCAGUUAAGUUCCACGAGACAGCAUUGCACCAUGCGGCACGAGUGGACAUGAUGGACAUGAUCGAGCUGCUGGUGGAGUUUGGAGCGAGCGUGUAUGCCAGCGACAACCUGGGAAGAAAACCCAUAGACUACACAACACCUGCGUCUCCCACUCACACCUGCCUCAUGUUUUAUGAAAGUAAUCCUCUGAGCCUGCAGCAGCUUUGUAGAAUCACUGUAAGGAAGAUGCUUGGUUCCAGAGCCUCAGAGGUCAUAGGUCAGCUGGACAUAUCCCAACGCAUCCACAGCUACCUCCAGUACUGUGAUCAUCCCACAUCACUGGAGUGACACAUGAACGGAUUUAUAACCUGUGUGAGAGACUGGUGUUUUCCAUAUGACUUCAGCAUCAUGGACAGCAUAUGUGCUUAGAAUUUAAAACAUGUCAGGUUAUCCACCAUAUUUCUUGAAUGCAUGUGCAUUGUCAUGUGACUCAGGAUUGAAGUCAUCCCUGCUGCUAAUGAUGUACAUGUUGUUAUAUUAUGAUAUAAUACUGUUUUAUGUAGCAUUUAUUCUGACAUAGAAUAAAUUGUUCAUU